AUGGCUAGAGCAAAUGUAUCUGUACGUGACGAUCAGAAUUUCAGAAGUCGUUGUGACCAAGAACAAAAAGCUUUUGAUGAUUGGCCUAAUAAAUGGGAGUGGAUAUUAGAUGAAUAUAAAGAAAGAAAUGAAAAACUAAAUGCAGUAAAGAAAAAUGCGAUGAUGAGAGAAGGAAAUUUAAAUACAGAUCUUAGAAGUGUGCUACCUUUUCCUAAUACAACAUCUAGAGAAGUUGGUUGGUUAUCAAGUAAACAAGAAUUUCAAUUGGAAAUAUUUGGGCCAUACAUUACACAUAUACCAAUUGAAAUCAAACCAAAUUAUAAGAAUGAUUUAUAAAGGUACAUAAUAUAUUAAGGCAUGCAUUAUAAUUUAUGUGUAAUUAGGUAUAUAAAAAAAUAAAAAUAAAAAUGAGAAAGGACGUCUGGGAAAAUAAAUC